CACCACUGUAACUAAAACCUUAGGCUGCCUGCAAGGCUGCGCUUCUCUGGCUCGCAACCCCCACUACAUCCAUCCAACCUAAACAUCCAAUGUUGCCUUCCGGUGAGCCAAACUGGCGAAACCGGCGUAGCAGACUGUGCCCUGGCUACCUGUACAUGCAAGGCCCCUUUCUCAGACGAGAGAUGUAGCGCCUGAGUUCUGUGGCUCAGGGCAAGGCUGACGGGGGUUGAGAGGCGAGGUUAGGUUGUUGGGACGUGUACUUGGUAGUGUGAGGCCGCAUUUGAACAUGUGGGCGGCUGUGGUCUCUUUAUCGGCCCUGGGGUUCAAGUUUUGGGGGCCCCUAAUUUGCCCUUCGGCGCUAGGUUGCCCGUGUCGCGCGGGAGGUCGUGCAGUGGUCGGGGGGGCACCUUUUGUGGCGCUACGGCACAACACAGCCGAAGGCACACACUCCCGCCUGUCAAGCCAAGCCGAUCACGUUCUCCCUCCGCCGCAGACCGCAGCAAGCCUCGAGACAGCAGGACUUCCUCGGACGUCGUCGCAUAUCCGCGGAGCAUCCCAGGGCAUUUCCAGGACUACACUGCACACUUGCUGAGCUGCCUCCCGGAGCCAGAAACCAUCAGAGCCACAUUUCAGUUUGCCUUUGACAAUCCUCGCCCGAGUGCACCAAGUAGAAGCUUCCCGUCUCUCGGCUUGAGUUCGAGUUGACCGAAGCGGGGUCUUUUGCAAUCACGCUUCCCAUUUAGCUUCACUAUUUUUCUGGCACCGGCCAUCCCGAGCAGAAACCUUGACCUGCAGACGUGAUUUUGCGUGUCUUUGACCGCGGAUAAAGAAAGUAAAACACCGACCAAAACCAAGCCAUAUCAACCCCAUUACAACCAACGCACCCAUCGUCCAUCGUCUUCCCAGUUCGGAUACCUCCCCGGACAACUAGCUGGCAAUAGGUGAGUCCUUAGGGGAGACACAUAAGCAAAAC